CUGGUUGAACUUGUCCAAAGUAUUUGAGUCUUAAGUGCUUUUGUUUUUCUGCUCCUCGCAUUAUUUAACACUUCUAUACGUCUAUAAGACCAUUUAUAUCCUUUUUUCUCCAAUUUGAGUAUAUAUUUUGCAGUACAUCAUCGCCAUGGUAUUGGCAGGUAAUAUAUCAGUAUCAGAAAACUUAUGUUUGCAUCAUCGAAAUAAUCCAUUGUUAUAUUCUAAUAAUAAUCAAGAUGGUAUUUUUGUUAAAAAUGUAUUGGAGGGUGAGACCCUCAAUUAUAGUUUGGCUCUUCUUUGUGGUCAAGUUCCUACCACCUGUUCAUACAUCAAAGUAUUGAGUGACAACAAACAUCAAAUAUCUGAGUGGCCAAUCAUUGAUAAAGAAUUUCGUAUUUUACUGGAAUUACAGCGAGGUAUUAAUAAAUUUGUGCUUGAAGCUGGAGGUUUCAAAAAAAAGUUGAAUCUGAAAUACGAACCAAGAACAACAAAGCUACGUGUUACACCUAUUUACAUCAUUUGUGAUGGCCAUGAUGGUCACUUUCAGGGUCCGUGUAGUGAAAAUCGUUCGCCAGAAAGCGCGGCAACACGAAUAGGCCUGGGUGCUCGCCUUCUACAGACCCUAACUGCAGAGAAACUACAUGAAGCUGGACAUGGUAGAAAAACGUUCCAAUUGGAGCGUGAUUUGGAUGGCCCAGAAUGUGUAGUAAUGCAUAGCGUAUUACACGUAGAUCAAGCUCGAGCGAUGUCGCAGCGAGAACUCUGGGAAUUAGUGGGUAGAGAAUUGAUGACAGGCCCACUAGCUUCUAAAAAUCGUAAAUACAUGGCCUUUUUAUCGUGUACAAAAUAUAGAGGAGCACCUAGUCCCAGAACUCACGAGGACAUCUUAUCAAGAACUCAAGGACACGCUUCAUUAGGUGGUGGUGGGCUUGCGCUUUUUGGUUCGGCUUGUUUGCACACGUGGCCAACUUCCAUAUCACAGAUCCAGUAUCGAUUCCUCGAUAUGACAGUGAUUGACACCGAAUAUCUAAUGGAUGAUAGUAAUUACCGAGGUACAUAUGGUGGCUGUCUCGCUACAACCCUUGGUUCGGUCCUUCAUGAACUUGGACACACUUUUGAUUUAGGUCAUACACGGGACGGUAUAAUGGGUCGUGGAUUCGAUUAUGUUGAUCGUGUAUUUUUAGGAACAGCAAGUAUUGAGAUAAAUCGAAAUAUAAUUAUGCGAUGUAAGCCUCAGCAUACAACCAUUACUUUAACUCGUCCAUUAAGCAUAACAGUUACCAUUCAACAGCCUGAUGUAGCAAAUCCUACACAAAGCAGUCUUAUUCCGCAGAUCUCAAAACCACUGUCUACUAAUUUUGAUAAAUUAAAUUUCUCAACUUUGCAACGACUAUCAACACCAACAAGUCCAAAAUUAAACCAGUCUCUCACAGAAGUUAUUUUCAAUGAUAAAAAAACAGAAUCGCAAAUGGACAAGACAUAUUGGGGAAGUGCAUGUGCUACUUUGUUAGCUUACCACCGUUGGUUUAAUUCAGAAUUUGAUAGCAUACAAACCAAGAAUUGUAAUGAUUUAAAAUACGACAUCAAAAGAAAUGUUGUACAAUCACGGUUCGGUGUGCGUAUAAUUGAACUAAGAGAGUCAGUGGGUGCUAUGGUUAUAGAAUCUCGUCAAUUCCUUGGCAAUCACUUGACAUUGGAGACAAUAGUACCAGUUCCACCACCUUACUGCAUCAGCGCAGUAAUCCUCUUUGCUGAAGACUCAAUUGGCAAUAUACUUAAGUACCCCCUUCCAACAGAAUUUUACUAGUACAAGCUAUUUAUCAUAAAUUCAAUUCUUUACUGUAAUUCUUAGAAAGAAUUUCUAUCUCAUUUUAUAGUCCAUCAUUCAUUAUUUUAUCUAAAGAUUGAAUUAAUAUAAAUAUUA